AUGGGAACUGCCCAGAACUUGAGUGCCAUCACACCCCCGAAGCCGGCAUACAGCAACGCCUUGCCCGAGUUGUACCCCGAACCUCACGACAUCCCACAAGGUUGGGGCCUGACGUUCUUCCUGCACCUGCGCGACUCGGCUGUGCACAGCGAGGGCACCGGCUGGUGGGCGGGCCUGCCAGAUCUAUUCUGGUGGUGCGAUCGGAAGAAGGGUCUCGGCGGCAUUAUCGCUAGUCAGAUUCUUCCCUUCGGCGACCCCAAAAUCUUGGGUCUGUGGGCUCAGAUCGAAGCCGGGCUGUAUCAGAAUCUCCAGUGA